AUGAUGGGGAUCUUUUUGGCGUAUGUUGGAUUUGUCUUCUUUUCUGUUUUAUACGUGCAGCAAGGGCUUUCUUCCCAAGCGAAAUUUACUGAGUUUCCGCGCAACGUGACGGCGACGGAGGGGCAGAAUGUGGAGAUGUCGUGCGCGUUCCAGAGCGGCUCCGCGUCGGUGUACCUGGAGAUCCAGUGGUGGUUCCUGCGGGGCCCCGGGGACCUGGAGCCCGCGGCCGAGGUGGCCGGCGCGCAGGUGGAGCUCGUGCCCGACCGGGACCCGGACAACGACGGCACCAAGAUCAGUACAGUGAAAGUCCAAGGCAAUGACAUCUCCCACAAGCUUCAGAUCUCCAAAGUGAGGAAAAAGGACGAAGGCUUAUACGAGUGCAGGGUGACCGACGCCAACUACGGAGAGCUUCAAGAACACAAGGCGCAGGCCUACCUGAAAGUCAAUGCCAACAACCACGCCCGCAGGAUGCAGGCCUUCGAGGCCUCGCCCAUGUGGCUGCAGGACAUGAAGCCUCGGAAGAAUGUCUCAGCGGCCGCCCCCAGCAGCAUCCACAGCUCUGCCAACCAGCGAAUGGCCUCCACCUCCAGCCCUCAAGCGGUAGCCAAAAUCCCCAAACAAAGUCCACAAUCAGCAAAGAGCAAAUCGCCUGUAAAAUCUACGGAGCGGACAGCAAAGUUGACCCUAAACUCCAAGCACCACUCCGCACCCACUGUAGUCUAAUUACCUACACAAGGAGCGCCUGCUUCCGGAAGCAUACGUGAAGAGGCUAUCACACGCUUUGUUCUUAAUGUUUUCUUGGGCAAAUCAUUGAUCUUUUAUUUGAAGAGAAUUAGUGUGAAGUGAUAGGACAUUCUCUAAUAGCAAGAUCUAUUUUUUCCCCUUUCUUCUGGCUACUUAAAGUAUCAUCUCAGGGGUUGGCCUGAACGUCAUCGGGAUAGUAAAUAUUUACUAUGGAUACCACAGAUUUCCUACUAAAAGACCCAUUAUCUGCAGGAAGCAAGCGGAGAUCAAAAGACUACAGAAUAUAAACUAUCAUCAAACGAGACCCCCAUUUAGGGGGCAAAAUUAUCAACGCUGCGAGGCAUCAAGGAGAACAUUAUUUUAAAUAAGAAAUAACAAAAGAAAGAAUUUUUUUAAAUUUUUUCUUUUUCUUGUGUUUUUCUCCUUUUUCUUGAUUGCAGUUCUUGUUCAAUGGUGGCAAGUGCUGAUUACGGCCAAUCCCUGUCAAUCCUGGGAGGUUUAUAGAAAUACAUUCUGAGUGUUCUAUAUUUCAAUGUAUUUUCAUUCAUUUUGCAAUUCCUGUAUAUGCAAACCUGACAAAUUCUGUAAAUGGCUUAUAGUAUGUGUGAUAUAACUUCGAAGUAGAU